AUGAAGGACUUCUCCGACAAGCUCACGCCUGCUUCUCCUACCGGCCCAGAGAUUCUUCGAAAGGAGCGUGGCCAAUCUAAUGUUCCUAUCGAAGAGCUGGCCAACCACUUACUCUCCCGAAAUGAUUUUUUGAAGAAGCAGGUUGCCGUCCUUCCAGUUCUGGAAAAGGAUCCACUGUUUUCCAAAGCUCGGCAACAGAAUCUUUCGCGACCAGAGCGUUACCAUCUGGGUCUCGCUCGAGCAAAGAAGCUGCGUCGUCUUGCCGAGCAGCACAAUUGGGAUGAAGAAGAUGUCGUUAUGAGCAAGUACCUCUGCGAUGAUGUGUCUCCGUACAUGGUCCACGAUACGAUGUUCCCCACCACUGUUCGUGAGCAGGGAAGCGAGGAGCAGAAGAAGUACUGGAUGCCAAAGAUCGACAAUUGGGAGGCCAUUGGAUGUUACGCACAAACCGAACUAGGCCACGGUAGCAACGUGCGUGGCCUUGAGUGCAAAGCUACAUGGAAUCCCAAAGAAAAGAACUUCACCAUUCACAGUCCAACUUUGACCGCGUCGAAGUGGUGGAAUGGAAGUAUGGGACGCACUGCCAACACUGCCAUCGUAGUAGCCCAGCUCUACGUUCCCAAGUCUUCGAAUCCUUCAGAGCUGGUGAAUCAUGGACCCCAUUCGUUCAUCGUCCAGAUUAGAGAUCUGAAGACGCACAAGCCGCUGGACGGCAUAAUCGUUGGUGACAUCGGUCCAAAAUAUGGUUAUGCGCCAAUGGACAACGGCUAUCUGCUGUUCGACAAUUUCAAGGUCCCACACUCCGCCAUGCUGAGCAGAUACUCGCGCGUAGAUCCGAACACAAGCGAGUACACGAAGCCAGCCAAUCCCGCUGUGGUAUACGGUUCCAUGACGGCCGUUCGGGCAGCCAUCAUCAUGCACGCCCGUCUGAUCAUAGCGAGAGCUGUGACGAUUGCAGUCCGAUAUGGAACUAUUCGCAAGCAGUUUCAGGAUCGUGACAGCACMGACAAGUCCGCGCCAGAACUCUCUGUCCUGGACUAUCCCACGGUGCAGAUACGGAUCCUUCCAUUACUGGCUACUGCGUUUGCUUUCCACUAUACCGGUGAAGCGAUGCACAACCUCUAUUCAAACACCAGGGCCCAAAUUGACAAGGGCGACUUCUCUAACUUGGCAGUCCUGCACGCCCAAUCUUCUGGGCUGAAAAGUCUCUGUACUGAGCUCGCAGCAAACAGUAUCGAGACAUGCAGAAGGGCUAUGGGAGGCCAUGGAUUUGGUGGAGGCAGUGGCUACAUCCAGCUCAACUCCGACUAUCUCUCCAAGCCAACAGUGGAAGGCGACAACUGGAUGAUUACCCAACAGACCGCUAGCUUCCUGAUCAAACGCAUGCAAGCUGCUGCGGCUGAUAAGGGCAAAGCACAGGACGCAAUGGAGCAGUCUUGCCGAGACUGGCUGGUCGAGAAGGACAGGAAGAUGUUAACUUUCCGGAUAUUCGACAGCGAUGAAGACCUGGUGAAGGCCUUCCACAGGAGGUCUAGAGAUAUGACUUAUCGGGCGUAUGUGGAUCGCUUCGUCAACAAGCGUGAUUGGAACUCGAUGCUCCUGCAGCUGCGCAAGGUCRGCCACGCAGAAUCGCAGUCUAUCCUCGUGACGAACUUUUACGAGGCGAUGUCGGAAGCCAAGCUAUCGCCCAUGCUGAGGGGACAUCUACAACUGCAGUUCAGACUCUUUGCUUUCUUCACCAUGGAAGCCGAGGCCCGAGACUUCGUUAAAGCGAAUGCUGUGUCCGACGACGACCUGGAUGCUCUGCCAGCCAAGAUUCAGUCACUCAUGGCUGAAAUAAGGCCUCAUGCAGUUCGAUUGGUGGAUUCUUGGAAGAUUCCAGACUACCUGCUUGACUCCGCUCUAGGCAUGUCAGAUGGCUCUGUCUACGAGAAUCUGUGGAACCGAGCACAUCGUCUCAAUCCGUUGAACGAGACUACGUUCAACCCAUAUUACCAGAACGAGGAGAUCGUAAUGGGCGGUGGGUCCGGCAGCUUGAAGGACAUCAUGUCAAAGCUCUAG